AUCGUGGCGCAAUGCGCAUCAGGUGCAUGUUAAGCACGCGUAGCUUUCUCUCCUGUCUUUCUUCUAGUUCAACGACUCUGCAAACCCUAGCAAUUGCUUAAACCCUUGAUAAAUGGCUACUUCAAGAACUCUCUCUAGAUUAUCAACUCACUUACCAUCUUUAUCUCUUAAAUCAAAGAAUGUAUCUAACUCUUCAUUACAGAACAUUUCUCCUUUGAAAUCAAGCUAUUUCUCCCAGAUUAAGCCUAAUCAUCCAUUCUCAAGGUUACCCGUGGAAUUGAGCUGCUUGGUGUCGAUGUUGCCAUUACAUAGCACGAUAGCUUCUGCCCGUUUAACAUCAUUACUUCCCAUCGAAUCUCAAACUUGGGGUUUGGUUCCUCAAGGUAAAUCUAUGCCUUUAUGAAUUAAUUCCCUUUUAUUUUUGAUGUAACAUUGAAAAUUUGACAAUGUGUCAGAAUGUCAUCGCGUUGAGCCAAGAUGAGAAGCGACUCAAUAAAUUUAGUUUCUUGAGGGGGUUUUCCUGUUUAUCAGUGCAAUCUCAGAUACGAAAUUGUUAAUUCUGAGAACUGAAUUUUCCUUUAUUGUGUUUUAUUUGCAAGGUUUUUAUUUUCUGUAAUUUGCAUUUUCAGCAUGAGACUGGUAAACAGUUGCUGCUGACUGAAAUUUUUGUAAUUGAUCAGAUUAUCCUUUCGGUCC